GUCGAGGAGAUGCUGGCGGAGCAGGCGGCUUCCUACUCGAUCCUGGGCGGCGGCGGCUCCCCCGCCGGCCGCAUCGGCAACGCUGGCGGCGUCGACCGCGCGACGCCCGGAAAAUGGAUAUCCGGCGCAGCCGGCGGCGCGCUCGCGAUCGGCGCCGGCCCCGGCCCCGGCCACGGCGGCGCGAGCUGCGUAGUGGACGAGGCGGGCGCGGGCGCGGCGUCCCCGGGCAGCAGCGGGCCGGCGGCCGCGCCGAGCGGGCGCGCGGCGGCGGCGGGGGGCAUACCGCGGUUCGACCUUUCGGCGCUCGAGGGGCUGGAAGGUCUGGGGGCGGACGACGGCUGGGACGAGCGGCAGCUGCUGGGCCGAGAGGGCAGCGGCGAGGGGCACGAUGACGAGGAUGCGGACGGCGAUGAUUACGGCUGGGGGGCCUGA